AAAAAAGAAUAAUUCAUUGGAGCCGCACGUCUCCUUCCGGCCUUCCCCGACGAUGCCGCUGCCGCCGGGAGGAACGGAUGGAUCCCAUUGGCUUGCCACCACCACUGCCCGCUUCGGUUCCUAUUCCCGCUCGCUACGGCCCCAGUCGCGCUCCUCACCGGCCGGCACCACCCCGCCCGCCCUCGCCUUUUGCCUGCCGAGGUAAUCUGGAGACCUGCGAUCCCCUCGCGCGCAGACACGACGCGCUUUCGUUUCUGUCCCGUGGUGAUUUAGGCCUGGCAUUCUAGCAAUGCAGAAGAAGUGAUCUUAUAAUCAUAAAAGAUAACAAUGGGGAUAUCCAAGGUGACCGGCAUCUCUGCGACAGCUUUUCUUGUCACAUCUGUUGGUCUGUACCAGCUCGGCAUGAGAAUUAUUGUGCUUCCUUUCCUAGCCACCAGUAUUGUUGCUUCUGUUGUCACUGUUGCAUCCCAUGAUGCCAUCAACCUACCGUGGAUCCUGGGGAAGAACUCAGUGGGAAGGUUUCCUCUUUGGUCAGUUAUACUGUUUGGUCCUUUCUUGACGCUUGCUCGGACAUAUGCAAUGGUUAAGAGAUACAUGAGGAAAGAGUCCGUGUAUGACAAGAUUGUGGAUGGCCUAUAUCUUGGAGGAUGGCCCUUUCUCUUGAAACAUUUGCCCCCUGGAAACCCAUCUGUCAUAGACUGCACUUGUGAGCUUCCAAGAAUUUCCUUCGUUCCAGCAGACGAGUAUCUUUGUCUUGCAACUUGGGAUACCAGAGCUCCAACACCAUACCAAAUUGAAAAAGCUGCACGUUGGGCUUGUGGAAAGAGAUCUGAGGGGAAGCCGGUUUAUGUCCAUUGCGCAUUUGGUCAUGGAAGAAGUGCUUGUGUCGUGUGUGCAAUUCUAGUAGCGCUGGGCAUUGCUGAGAACUGGAAAGAGGCUGAGAACAUCAUCCGUGAAAGAAGAAAGAUAAAAAUGAACGCCCUUCACAGGAAAACCUUGGAAGAGUGGUCCAAACAACGGGAUUCUCAGAAAAAGGCUAAGUAGUUGUAAGUGUAACAUUUUCCUUAGAGAUAAACUUGUUUGUGGUGUUAAAGCUUGUUUGAAACAUCAUACAAUGGCAUAUCUACUUAGGCCAAGUGUAAUGUCUGUGAAAUUAUUAUUAUUAUUUUCUCGGUGUUUCUACCUUUAAACAUAUUUGAUUUAUAUCCAGAUUUGGUACUAUUUUUUUGUC